AUGUCUGGUUGGGAUCAAUAUAUCUAAUAUCUUUUGGCUGAUAAGAAGUGCGAAUCUGCCUACAUCCUCGGUAAGGAUCAUGCUAACAUUUGGGCUUGCUCUACUGGUAUUGCUGCUCUUCCUACUUACUAAAUCAAUGUCGAAGGUAAAAACUUCAAUGUUAACGAAGCUGAGCUCUUGGUUAAGGCUUUGAAGAACAACGGUGUUCCCACUGAUCCUAAUGUUGGUUUAAGAAUUAAGAAUGAAAAGUACUACACUGUCAGAUUCGACGCUGAUGCUGGUACCUGGUAUCUUAAGAAGGAUUAAGGUGGUGCUUGCAUUGCCGUUACCAAGUAAGCUUUAGUUAUUGGUACUUUCAAAAACGACAUCAAAAUGACUAACGGUCAACCUCAAAAUCCUGGUGCCGUCAACGCUGCUUGUGAAAAGCUCGCUGAAUCCUUAAAGUCCGCUAACUACUGA